GCUCCAGCCCUUCCACCCCUGAGGGAUUGGCGGUGUCGGGGGUCGCGGGUGGUGCCCUGCUGGGGCGUUUUUGCUCUGGCAGGGACAGCGUGCUCACUGAGUGUCCUCACCCCAAAUACUCCCUGUGGAAGGGACGUUCCUUCCUUGGCUUUCAACAGCUCCUUUACCGCCGCCCCGGCUUCCGUCUUUGAAAAAUGAGUGUGGUGGCCUUCGGCCUGUCCGCCUGGCAGUGUCAUGGGCUUCACCGUGAGUGAUACGUGUGAGAAAGCAUGUUUCAAUUAUAACCGUAUUCUUCUGUCUUAAGUCCAGGUGAGACUGCUGUGUCUAUCAGAAGGGAACUUUUAUGUCAUUUUCCUUCAGACAGUCUAUUUGUUCUAGAGUUUUAUUCGAAAAAUAAAAAAUAAAUGUCACUUAUUUGUUGGUUCUGGUACUGCCUUCUAGAGAAAUACAGAAGCAUAGAAACCUAGAAGAGAAUAUUUGUUCUGUCUAUCAGAUAUAAAGAUUGAGGUGGUGCCAUGCAGCAAGAAGCAGCGAGAUGCAGAGUUCGAACCAGAAGGCCUGACAUGGCACUUUAUGUUCCUAAAGCUCGAAGGGGUGUAGUACUACUCAAGGCAAGGGAUGAGGAAAAAAACUGUGAUCUACCUAACUCUUUGGUGAAAGAAGAACAAAAAGAAGAUUGUCUCUCUCAAAAGGAGAUCUUCAGAGAUAAACCUAAGGCUCAAAGACUAAGUAUUUAUCCCAAUAAAAAGGAGUACAGUCAUAGAGAAGGAAAGAAAUCUUCAACAAAAUUAAGAAAAGACACAUGCCUUCAAGACAACAAUAAAGAUAGGGUUUGUACUAAGAGGGGAGCCACAGAAUCCAAAGAAAUAUUACCCCAAGAACAUCAGCAAGGAGUGCUAAAUUCUGGGACUGUACCUAGUGAACUUUCACAAAGACAUUUUAAGCCCAAAAAGGAGGAGUGUUUGGAGGUUGAAACCACAGGUGUGACAAGACAUGAGAGGUUGCUUCUAUCUCAGUCUUGUUCAGAAAUUGGUGAGUCUUCGAUUCUAAACAGGCCAUUCCAAAAUGCGGAAUUCUGUGAUUUCAGUAGGCCUGAACUAAAUGGGGAAACAUUUGGAAACAGAGGUUUAGAAAGCAGGAUUGAAACUGAUGCCAAGGUUGUGGAGAUACAGCCUCAAUUCCCUGAAGUACAUAAUUCUGUUUUGAGACCCGAGAGUAUGAUCGGACCAGCAAAACUAAGCUCUGAUCCUGGAAUUGUGCAACAAGGCAUACAAACAUCAGGUGGAAUGUUGAAGCUCAGCAGUGGAGGCAUCACCACUCUUCCUGUUCCUGGAAGCCCAGAGGGUGUCACUAAUCAAACUUGUGUAGACUUUGAAGCUGAGAAUGUUGGUGAUAUAGCCAACAGUACAGAUUUCACCUUGGAUCAGAAAGGUAUAGAUUCCAUUCCUGAGACAGUGGGUCACAUCUGUCAUAAAAUGACUUUAGUCAACAAGUUAGAGAGCACAAAUGGCAUUUUUGAUCCACCAAUGAUUAGAGACUGUGAGGAGAAUGACAGCACUGCUAAUGAAUUAUGUGUAAAGUAUGAACCCUCUGAAUCAGCUGCCCUUGCUCAUGAAACAGACACAGGUAAUGGGUUUAAGAGUGUAGGUGACAUUACAAGUAAGACAUGUAUGAUGGACAUUACAGAUACCAUAUCUGACCAAAUAACUAUAGACAAUCCUUGUGUUGUUGCAGUUAGAGUAGCUGAUGAGGCCUGUAGCAACACAAGUAGUUUCUCAAAAUAUUUAGAAAUGAGUGAAGGUAUGGCCCCUCUUCAUGUAGCUAGAAGUGGGAAUGACACUGAAAAUUUCAGCAACCUGACUGCUUGCUCAGAUAUUUAUGCUGAGAGUAUUUCAUCUAGUUUCACCGAGUCAACAGGAAAGUUGAUAGAGAACUCGUCAGAUUUUGCUUCGGCCUUGCCCAUGAAGAAGAUUGCUGGUAGUAAUUGUAACACCUUUUUGGACUCUGAACUCAGUGUGUUAAAUGGGACAAAAGUACUUUCAGAUAGUGCCUUGGGCAAUGAUCUAGAUUGUACUGGUGAUAUAACAGAGGCAUUGCAUGAACUGAAAACUGCUGAAGAGUUCAAAUCAAAAGAGGGAGAUGACUCAGAGAAUAUAGAACUUGGUGUAUCCUUUCCUGAUAUAGAAUCAGUUUCUAUAGAGACAUCCAUGAACCCAAAAGCUACUGAAACUUCUCACGUGGAGGGAAGUGCUGCUACUGAGGAGAGCUGGGAGUCCAUGUUUAAUGAUGAUGGUGACUGCCUGGAUCCACGCCUUCUACAAGAGUUAUCAGGGAAUAUGAAGAAUAGAGAAAGUAUCCAGGAACCUAGAUUUGAUUAUUACAACAAUGAAGUUCCUGAUAUUGAUCUCAGUGAUUGUGAAUUCCCACAUGUCAUUGAAAUUUAUGACUUCCCCCAAGAAUUUCGUACUGAAGACCUCCUACGGGUUUUCUGCAGUUAUCAGAAGAAAGGAUUUGAUAUUAAAUGGGUGGAUGAUACACAUGCCCUCGGAGUAUUUUCCAGUCCGAUUACAGCUCGUGAUGCUUUGGGUAGUAAACAUACCAUGGUGAAGAUCCGACCCUUGUCACAGGCCACAAGAGCAGCCAAGGCCAAAGCUAGAGCUUAUGCUGAGUUCCUCCAGCCAGCAAAGGAGCGUCCUGAGACUUCUGCUGCCUUAGCCAGAAGGCUAGUCAUCAGUGCCCUUGGGGUUCGAAGUAAGCAGAGCAAAACUGAACGGGAAGCCGAGCUCAAGAAACUACAAGAAGCCCGAGAGAGAAAACGGUUGGAAGCCAAGCAACGAGAAGACAUCUGGGAAGGCAGAGACCACUCUGCAGUUUGAACGUCAAUCAGUGAAAGGGAUAAUUCCAUGAAUUCAGAAAAUAUUUCAAUAGUCUUCAAGAUAAGAAGAUCCUUCCAGAAUUCUGUGUACAUGCAGAUGUGCUUGUUAACGAAAGAGAUGAAGUGAUCAAGACAAGGACUGACUGGUGUAGAAAGAAGACAGAAUCCCUUCUGUCUUCAUCCCUGAAUGCAGUUCUUGGGCAGCACCUUACUGUGUUGGGCAGAGAAGGGAGCCGUCAGCUGGGAAGAAACUUGGGAAAUGUUACUUCCAGGAGUUCUCUGGACAGGGCGAGUCAUGUUAGCAUGAGUCACACUUCCAAGCUGUUUUAAGCAAAUACGAGACAGAGGAUUCAAACCUAUGAUGAUGGGAGAUUUAGGCCCUGCAAGACCAGGGUGUUCUUUAGUACCUCACAAAGCUGAGAAAAACCAUAUUGAGGAGGGGGUGGUGAGAGCAGCUAGUCCAAAGAGGCAGUAUCUGGUAUAUUUGGGACUCACAGAAUCUACACUGCCAGUUCCAGAGCUCCAAACCUGGUGACCUACAGCAGAUGUGGGUAUUUGGACUACAGAGUUUGUACUGAGCUAGCUGAGUGUCCGGGGCUGCACAGCAGCCAGGGAUGUGCCAGCUUCGUUCCUCAUAGGAAGCCAGUCUUGGGAGCCAUGUGUCAGUUCCAGUUUAAGCAGUGCUAUCAUGUUGUAAGAGGAGACAUUAAAGUCCAUUUUG